AUGAGCGGCAUCGCCGAGGUGCUCCUGAGCCUCGGGUACCGGGUGAGCGGCUCCGACCUCCGGGCCGGCGCCAGUGUCCGGCGGCUGGCCGAACUCGGGGCCAUCGUGUUCGAGGGACAUGACACGGCACAGGUGGGGUCCGCCGAUGUGGUGGUCACCUCCUCGGCGGUUCCAGCCGACAACCCCGAGGUGGUCGCGGCGCGGGAACGACAGCUCCCCAUCAUUCCGCGGGCCGAAAUGCUCGCCGAGCUGAUGCGGAUGAAGAUCGCGGUAGCCGUCGCGGGGUCGCACGGCAAGACCACGACGACCUCGAUGACCUCGGUUCUGCUCGCCCACGCCGGGCUCGACCCGACGACGGUAAUCGGUGGGCGGGUCGCCACCAUCGGUGGGGGCGCCCGCGUCGGGAAGAGCGAAAUCCUGGUGGCGGAGGCCGACGAAUCGGACCGCACCUUCCUCAGGCUGCUCCCGGUGCUGGCGGUGGUUACCGGGAUCGACCGCGAGCAUCUCGACGCUUACGAAGGGAUGGACGAUCUGGUGGAUUCCUUCGUGCGCUUCAUCAACAUGACCCCCUUCUACGGGGGGGCGGUCGUCUGCCUCGACUGCGAGAACGUGCGGUCGCUGCUGCCGCGCAUCCGCCGCCGGGUCAUCACCUACGGACUUUCUUCGGAGGCCGAGGUUUCGGCCGAAAGGAUCUCGAUCUCCGAGGACGGCACCCGUUAUGAACUGCGGAUCCGCGGCGGCCUCGCCGGCGCCGUCCAUCUCCGCCAGCCCGGCCGGACCGCCGUCCUCAACAGCCUGGCCGCCGCCGCCGUCGGGCUCGAGUUCGGGCUCGGGACCCCCGCCAUCCGCGAGGGACUCGAGGCGUUCGCCGGCGUCGAACGCCGCUUCCAGCGGCGCGGCACGGUGGGCGGCGUCCGCAUCGUGGACGACUACGCCCACCAUCCGACCGAGAUUGUGGAGACCCUCGACGCCGCCCGCGCGGCAUUUUCCGCGCGCACGGUGGCCAUCUUCCAGCCGCAUCGCUACAGCCGGGUCGAGGCCCUGUACGAGGAGUUCUCCCGGGCGUUCGGCGCGGCGGACGUCGUGGUGGUCACGGACAUCUACCCGGCGGGCGAGGCGCCGAUUCCCGGCGUGGACGGUGAAGGGCUCGCCGCGAGAAUUCGGAGCACGGGACAUCCCGACGCGCGUUUCAUCGCCCGCCUGGAAGAUGUCGCCAGCGAGUUGGCCCCCGAUCUCCGGUCCGGCGACGUCGUCAUGACUCUGGGUGCGGGGACCAUCACCCAGCUUCCGGACAUGUUGCAGGAGGUGCUCCGUGAACGGGUGGCAUAG